GUCCCCGUUCAACGAUUCCUAUGCCACAGUUGCGCUGCCUAUCGCCAAGCCCUACCGUACCUGGAUCCUACAGCCUCCACUAAUCGAUCGAAGGAAUUGUCCAGCACCAGCAACCCCAACAAUUGUACUCGUCGAUCGGCUUCUGUCCUUCUCUAAUCUCAUCCAAGAAAGAAGAGACGGGCCCCUCGCCUCCGUCGUGGGCUCAGCUAGCUCACUGGAUGUCCGCCGCCGCCUCGCUCGCCGCUCGCCGCCGGUCGAAUCGUCGGGAAGAAGAAGAAGGUACUGUAGGUGCGAGGAAGACGAUCGAUGCCCGCGCGCGCGUUGUGUCGUUCAAUCACUCGUCAACGUGUGUCUAUACUAUGCGACGGUAACCAAAGCAGCGCGCGUUGCGUUGCGUUGCGUUGCGUCCGUUCGUGCAGCACUGUAGCUCUCCCGCGUGGCGGUGCCGAGCCGUCCAGAACGGGCACCGCAAAACAGGCAGCGAUGCUGCUGAAAUGCUGAUGCACGCACGCCAUGUGCCAAUCCUCUGCCGGCUUCCUUUUUUAUGGCCGUGGCCCGUGAAUACUGGGCCCGGUUCGCGGACCGGACCCUCUGCUUUCUAUGGACCAGGCGACCAGCGCUAGGAGUCCUCGAAAGCUGUGCCCACUCGUCUUCUUUUCUCUAUUUUUUUUUUAAUUUAUUUAGGAGGAAGGAGAUAAUAGUACAUGCUCUUUGUUUGUGAUUAUUUAUUUCCUUGAUUGAUGCUUAUGCUCUCAAAUGAUUUUGGCAAAUUUUGGGAAACCGACGAGUCUCGAGCUCCAGGCUCCAGCUGAUUGACUUGUCAGAGCACGCGAUCCGAUACAGUGGAUUCGCAAAUAAUCACGUCAAUAAAAUCACGCCCCUGUGCUAGCUAAUGACAGAUUGACAGUUAACACGAGGUGCUUGAGAGCUGGCUGCAAGCAACGGACGCAAACCGGCCAAUGAUGAAGCCCACCACCGCCCUGGAGCUCAGCUUCCAGAACGACGGCGCCGACAAGCCUGAUGGCGGCAGCACAGGUGGCGUGCUCUGGCCGUCGCGGAUCUGCUACCUCGUCGCUGUCGCCACCACUCUGUGGGCCGUGGCGUCCAUCUUGUUCCCGCCGUCGGCGUUCCCCCUUCCUCCCCUCAUGUCCAGCGUCACCGUCGUGAACCAGCACCCCCCUCCUUCGGAGGACGACCGGACCAACGUGACCGCCGACCGUUGCGCGGGGCGGUACAUCUACGUGUACCGCCUGCCGCCGCGCUUCAACGACGACAUCGUCCGCGGCUGCCGCGCGCUCCGCCCCUGGAUGGACAUGUGCCCGUACAUGGCCAACUGCGGCCUGGGCCGCCCGCUGCGCGACGAGGGCGGCGGCGGCGGCGGCGUCUUCCCUGGCCGCGGCUGGUACGCCACCGACCAGUUCAUGCUCGACGUCAUCUUCCGCUGCCGGAUGAGGCGGUACGAGUGCCUCACCGGCGACCCCGCCCGCGCGUCCGCCGUCUUCGUGCCGGCCUACGCCAGCCUGGACGGCGGGCGGUACCUGUGGAACAGCACGGCGACGCGGGACGCGCUCGCGCUCGACCUCGUCGCGUGGCUGGCGCGGCGCCCGGAGUGGCGCGCCACGGGGGGCCGCGACCACUUCCUGGUGGCCGGCCGGACCGCGUGGGACUUCCUGCGGAAGACCGACGGCGACGACGACUGGGGCACGAAGCUGCUCAACAUCCCGGCCGUCCGCAACAUGACGGCGCUCGUCCUGGAGAUGGACCCGUGGAACCCGUCGAGCCACCUCGCGGUGCCGUACCCGACCAACUUCCACCCGGCCACGGCCGCCGACGUGCGCGCCUGGCAGGCGAAGGCGCGCGCGUUCAAGCGCAGGUGGCUCUUCUCGUUCGUCGGCGCGGCGAGGCCCGGGAGCAACAAGACCGUCCGCGCCGAGAUCCUCCAGCAGUGCGGCGCGUCGAGCCGCUGCGGGAUGUUCCGGUGCAACAAGGGGUCCCAGUGCGAGGCCGCGCCGGGCGCCAUGAUGCGCGUCUUGGAGAGCUCGAGCUUCUGCCUGCAGCCGCGCGGCGACACGGCGACGCGGCGGUCCACGUUCGACGCCGUGCUAGCCGGGUGCAUCCCGGUGUUCUUCCACCCGGACUCGGCGUACACGCAGUACGCGGAGCACAUCCCGGCGGAGCCCGGGAGGUGGUCGGUGCUCAUCAUGCACACCGACGUCACGGACCGGAACGUGAGCAUCGAGGAGACGCUCGCCAAGAUCCCGCCGGCGGCCGUGAAGGCGAUGCGCAAGGAGGUGAUCCGGCUCAUCCCGAGGUUUGUGUACGCGGACCCGAGGUCGCCGCGUGUGGACUUCAAGGAUGCUUUCGACAUUGCAGUCGAUGUUGUCCUUCACCGGGUGGCCAAGCGCCGGCGAGGGGAUGUCGACGGACGCUGAUGGACCGGUGGCCGGCCGGUUAAGAGGAGGAAUGGCCGCGGUGUCUGGCCUGUGCCACUGUCACGUGUACCUUGCUAGGUGCGCGCACGUACCUAGGAGCAUUUGAAUGAGAUCCUGGGAGUCUUCAACGCUUGUCUCUUCAGUUUAGGCUCGCGUGCCACAGUGCACGUCAGCACGUGUAUAACUACGGUGCGACAUGGCUACCCGCGGCGUAGUGGCGCGCUCGGAGCAGCCUGGGCAUACCUACAGUAUC